CCACUUGCUUACAUAGCUUUGGCCUCGGGCUUGACUUUAGCCUUUAACGAACAAAAAGCAAUAGCAAAAAAUAGUAAAGCAAUUGGUAGUUGACGCAAAUCAAUCGACAAAGCUACAUAAAUGAAUCAGAGGGCAGCGAUAAAGCAGCGGCUGUGACAAGUCACAGAGAGACGCCUUGCUCUAACUGUUUUUGCGUGUGUGACGUCAUCAAAAUUGCUUUUUUGGUUAAUGUAGUAUAGACGUUUGGCAACGACUACGAAGGGGCAAUGGAUGCCAAUUCACGUUUUCCAACGCGAUUACCAGGGCCACCCAUAAGCGCAGUAGUGGGGAACUCAGAAGAACCGUUACCAAGUCUAUCAGAUCUACACGACUGUGAACCGAAGCUGGAGUUUGAUGAUACCGAACUGUUAACCCCAGCAACACUUGAGAAAGAUGUUAUGGUUGGUGACUUUGUGCUGCCCGAUGAUCCCGAACUAGAUAACGAGGUCAACGAAAACCCCUUGGAGUACGAUUUUGAGGAUCAGCUAAGAGAGCAACCCGAAACGCUACAUUCAACAAAAAAUAAAUGCGAUUUCUUAGGCACAGAUAAGCAGGGACGUCAUAUUUUUGCUAUAUACGCCUCACGAUUUCCAGAAAAAUCACAACUUGAAGGAUUUGUUCGUCAAAUCAUCAAAGAGAUUGAACCCUUUGUGGAGAACGAUUAUAUACUCGUCUACUUUCAUCAGGGUCUCAAAGAGGAUCAUAAGCCCUCGGCGCAAUUUCUGUGGAACUCGUACAAGGAGCUUGAUCGUAAUUUUCGGAAAAACUUAAAGACCCUUUAUGUGGUGCACCCCACUUGGUUUAUACGCGUCAUCUGGAAUUUCUUUAGUCCAUUUAUUAGCGAUAAGUUUCGCAAGAAGCUGGUGUAUAUAUCCAGUUUGGAUGAGCUGCGCCAGGCGUUAGGCCUGAACAAGAUCACGUUGCCAGACAACAUUUGUGACAUUGACGACAAACUGAACCCGAGCCGCAGGUCCGGCUCGCAGCCAGCUACCCCCAAUGGGCGGCCAACAAUGCAAUUCGGCGUGACCUUGAAGUUCAUUGUCAUGCAUAGUCCAUGCCUCAAUUCCAUACCGCCCAUAGUGCGUAAAUGUGUGGAUUCAUUGUCUAUCACCGGUGUCAUUGACACCGAGGGCAUAUUUAGGCGUUCAGGCAAUCAUGCUGAGAUAAUGGCGCUCAAAGACCGCGUCAAUCGCGGUGAAGAUGUGGACCUCAGCAAUGUGAAUGUGCAUGUGGUUGCAGGUCUACUAAAAAGCUUUCUGCGUGAUCUGGCUGAGCCGCUGCUCACAUUCGAGCUAUACGAUGAUAUAACCAAGUUCCUAGACUGGCCCAAGGAAGAGCGUAAUCGUAAUGUCACACAGCUUAUACGUGAAAAACUGCCCGAGGAGAACUAUGAAUUAUUUAAAUACAUUGUGGACUUUUUGGUGCGUGUGGUGGACUGUGCUGAUCUCAAUAAAAUGACCUCCUCCAAUCUGGCCAUUGUCUUUGGUCCAAACUUUUUGUGGUCGGGUCGUAAUAACACCUCUUUGGAGGAAAUAGCGCCCAUUAAUGCAUUUGUAGACUUUGUUCUGCAAAACCACAAGACCAUCUAUUUAAUUGAUGUCAAUCAGCGCACAGUGAGCGUCGAUUAGCACCGGUGUCAUGCUCCAAACUGGCGUACAUAAAAAUGUUUGUAAAUUGUUUAAACGUUUAAGUGUUAGCCCUAAGCAGCGUAAAAAGUUGAUGUAAAAACAAAAAAGUAAUAAAAUAUGUUGUAUUUAAGUUUAGUUUGCUUUUAAAGUUCCCCUACCCAAUUACUGCUCAGCCUUAAUUAAUUUUUAAUAAACUGAAAGCAUUGUUAAUUUUACCAAAGAAAUUUUGAAGCGCAACGCACAUUCCAAAAACAAAAAUUAAAUGUAACCAGCUAAAGCAAAAUUUUUGUAUAAACUCACAUUUGAGUGUAGCUAUUAAAA